AUGUCUUUAAUCAAACGACCAGACCAACCACAACGUAAAAGUAUCUCGCGAGCGUUUAGAGCUUCGUCAGUUCCUUUAAAUAACAAUGUAACUCCGUUGGAUAUUUUAGAAGGGCAGUUGGCGGGGCUGGCAGACGCCUUUACAGGGUUACAGGCGAAAUUUGAGAAUUUGCAAGAGGUUCAUGAGACUUUUCUAACAUUUAACCAGUCGUUUUCGGCAUUUUUAUAUGGAAUAAAAAUGAAUGCGCAUUGCGUUGAAUUUCCAGAGGCACCGUCAGCAGAAUCUUUCCAACAUGUCGCACAAAAAACAGAAAUAGAGUGCGACAUAUCUGAUGAAGAAGCCUCGUCUCAGAAAGAAGAACAAAAGCCACCACAACCAUCACAGAGUAAAGUUAAACCAAAAUCUAAACAAUUAAUUCAACCGAGCAAAUCCAGAGCUAUGAACAUUAAGAAAUUUAUUACGAGGCUUAUGAAUGGGCUUCCGUUAAAGUAUAGGGAACAACAGCCCCAUCGUAAUAACAUGGAGCUCAUGGUAAAGCUACUAGUUACUAACCCGGAAGGACUAUAUAUGCAGGAAUUUGUUCGACAGACUACGAUGCCGCGUGUCCGCUGUAAUGAAUAUCUUAACGCGUUAGUGCACGCGAAGGAAGUAGUAAAAAUUAACAGAAAAGGACAAUUGUUCAGAUUGGACCCUGUGAAGUAUCCCUUCGCCAAAUAA